AUAUAUUUUUUAUUUACCAAAUUGGUCAGUUUAAUUGGCUUUCCAUUGAGAGGAUCACUUGUGUUGUUUUGCACCAGAAGUGCCAGUAACUUUUCAAAUCCUGAACAGGCUGUGACAUUCAGUACCUGUGUAAAACCUUAAAGGAAUGUUACAAAUGUCUGUUAUGUUUCUUGUACUUAAUGAAAAUGUUAUUUUAGGUCAUCCUCAUAACGUUACUUACAGUACCAAUUGGGGACGUAAUCGUGUGUAUGUUCAGGCAACUAUAAUAAUGUUACUAAAUAACGUCAUUAGGCCUUUCAGAGGCCCCCACAUUUCUGCGUCCUGACUAGACUUGGUAUGUAACUUUCAUCAGCUGACACCACAGGUACAUACCGAUGAUGUUUCAAAAGUACGUAACCAUGACUUGGUGGAGACUACAAAACCGUUGAGGUCACAUUCUGGAACGUAAUUUUGUUAGCUGGGUAGCUUGCUGCACAACAUGAAAAGAAGAAAUUCAGCAACUCACCUGUCCCCUCCUACUUACCACACCUCAGACUCCAUUUCCUUGAACUGGAAACCGAAAGUUAAAGCAAACUACGAGUAGUCGGAUAAUGAUCAGUCUUAUUUAAUGUACACGGACCAACAUCACUAUUUCUAUAACACCAAUUGUCAAUUGAAAUCUCAUGGCUUCAUCGUCUUUUGUCAGAGACCUGUUAACAAAUUGGAAGCUCAGUAAAUGGAUUAAGAAUUUUGAAGAUGAAGAAAUCAACGAAGAAGGUUUCCAGUUACUUAAAGAGAAAGACAUCAUGGACCUGAUCCCAAAAAUAGGACCAAGGAGAAUAUUUAUAAGGAAACACAAAACAUUUAUAAAGAAAAGGCAGAAAACCCGCAAUGAAGAUAAGAACGUUCAAGAGGCCACAUCUUCAUCAGCCUCCUUUAUCACGACCUGCAAGACCUCCUCAGGAAAUGCAGAGGAACCUUGUCAAAAGGCCAUUGUAAACUCCAUCAGAAGUCCUAUAAUGGCUAAAAGGACGAUGGUAAACAUGGGAAGUUUACCCAAAACCACCAAAUCUGGAGUGGGAGAAACAGACCUGUGUCAGCCCUCAACCAGAAUGGGACCCCCUUCUACAGACAAAAGGAAAUCUGAUGGGGACGAUGCAAACGAACAAACAAAGAAGCAAAAACGAAGUGCUGCAUCCAGAACAACUGAAACAUUUGACAGUCAAAAAAAGACAGAGGUGAAGAAGAUCAUGCAAAGUCUCAGGAGCACACUGAAUGAACUGCCUUCUACAAAACUUACUGAUUUUCUAAGAGAUAAAUUUGAAAUGUUGGAAAAAGAUAAAAAAAAGAUUGUUGGUGUUUUUGGGAAGACUGGAGCUGGUAAGAGCUCCUUAAUAAACACCAUCUUGGGUGAGACAAAACUUCUGCCCUCUGGAAACCAAGGAGCGUGUACCUCAGUGAUGAUUCAGGUGGAGGCCAAUAUGACUAAUGAGAAAUACAUCGCAGAGAUUGAAUUCAUUACAGUGCAGGAAUGGGAAGAUGAGCUAUCAUCCAUUUUCAUAGGCAGAUCUUGUGAGGUAGGAGAGGAUGAAGACAGGGAUAACAGCAAUGAUGACGAUGAUGAUGUUGAAAUUAUAUCAGCUUUCUAUGGAAAAUAUGGAAAUGGGAAAACCUUAGAAGAACUGAUGGAUAAGAAGAACUUCAGCAAAAUUCCAGAGUUUCGUUCAUCUGUGAAAAAAGAAUUUCUUUGUGACACAGCUGAAGAACUCUCAGAGAAGAUAAGCUGUUUCACACGGAGUGAUACACAGAAUGAUGAACCACAGUAUUGGCCUCUUGUGAAGUGUAUAACCCUCAAGGUGCCAAACUCUAAAGAUUUACUGGAACAUGUUGUGCUGGUGGAUCUUCCAGGCAAUGGAGACUGCAACAAGAGCAGAGAUGAGAUGUGGAAAAGGUUUGUAGGAAACUGCUCUGCUGUGUGGAUUGUGAGCGACAUUGCACGAGCAACUUCAGAAAAAGAAUGUUGGGAGGUUUUUGACAGUACUGUUAGCCUCUUUGGACCUGGAGGAGAAUGUCAAAGCAUCAGUUUCAUCUGCACCAAAACAGAUGACAUUGAGGAAAGUCAAAAGGAUGAUGCACGCACCAGUAUUUUGACCAGAAAUGAAAUUACCAAGAUGAAAGUGAGGGACAAAUUCUACAAACAAAAAAAAGUUAAGAAACACUUCAGUGGGGUCGAGAAUUUCUUUAAGGUGUUUACUGUAAGUUCCAAGGAAUACAAAAAGAGCAAGCAUUUGGAAAAAGAAGAAACAGAAAUACCUCACCUUCAGGAAUUUCUCAGAAAUCUCAAUGAUCAUCACUCAAGGACAUCAGACUAUAUUUCUGGAGCGUAUGGGAUCCUGUCUUUGAUACAAGGAGCCAAAAACAGCAACAUGACAGACUGCAAAGAGGUGUGCCAGGAUUUGGAAAAGAGGCUGAUGGACAACCUUAAAUCCAUUAGUAAAUUUAUGGAAGAACCUUGCAAGGUUUUUGAACAAUUCCUCUCACUAGGAGUUCAACAGUCAGAAGUUUCAUGUGAGAAAUUAAUGGAUAAAGUGAUAUCACCUAAGGGGAAAAAAGGCAGUGGAUAUCAUCAAGUAUUGAAAGCCCUAUGCAAGAAUGAUGGCGUUCACAGACCAAAAAGGAAGAAGAACAGAGGAAAGGAAAUAAACCUCAAUGAGUGUUUAGCCUCACCUAUGAGAAGUUGCAUUGAUGAACAGUUUAAGUGCUUUUUUCCAAAUGACAAACAGGGCCCAAUCAGGGAGCAAAUUGAGAAUUUCACUCUUGAUGCAAACAGCUUAAUUAGUAAGCACCCGAGCGUAACACUGCAUCUGAAAUUCCUUGAGAUGGAGGAGCGGGAGUUAAAAGCAGAAUUAAUCGCCGAACUACGUGAGAGAAAGAAAAAAAUCUACUUUUCUCUAACCGAGUCAAUCAAGAAAUCAAUGUAUUUAGGCUAUAGAAGGGCAUCACUGCAUACAGGGAAAGAUUCUAUGAAAAGGAUGAAAGCUGAGCUACAUCAGCACGUGAAGAACACUCAUAUUUUCCAGAAGGCUAAGGAUCAUAUGCUGGACUGUUUAACCAAACUGAAGAAGCACAUUGUGGUGCAGCUGAAGUCUAAACUAGAAAAAUCCUUCGAGAUCUCACUCAAGACCCACAACAGCUUGAUCUUCCAAGAUAAUGUCUCUGAGGAUUAUAACAAGAUUAAGGAGCUGAUGGAUGAUUCUAGUACAGUACCAGUCACUCCAAUAUCUGAUCCGCACACAAAAACUACUGCAUUUCAGUCUAUGUUGGGAAAUGGAAAUAAGCUUGUGCAGAACAUGAAGAUUACAGCAACCAUUGACCCUGACCAACCCAAUAUCGAACACAAACCUACACUGUUGGACAGCGAGAGGAAUGAACCAAGUGUGUCAAAGUGUCAAGUUCCAACAGAUGCUGAGACAUUACAGAACCACCUAUCAGAUGUAGCAUUUGUGAAUAAGAACAGAAGUGCUCUUAUUCAGAGGACAAACAUGGUGGAGAGAAUAGCAGAUGAUCUGUUCCUGGAUAUGAUGAUCCAGGAUGACAUAUAUUUAAAAAUCUCAAAGGUUUCUCCCUCUCAGGAACAAAUGAAAAUGUUGCUUGAAGUAGUAGAAGCCGGAGGAAAAACUGUGACAUCUGCCUUCUACAAAUCUCUCAGAAAAUAUGAACUUCCUCUUGUGCAGGACCUGGAAUCUGCUUCACACUUGUGAAUGCAGUGGCUGGGAUUUCUCCUCAACUGCCGGUCAAAAGCUGGACCCUCAUCAAGAUCUGCUUUGGAGAAAACUACAGUCAGUACUUGGACACGACUCCGAAACACUAAGUAGACAGCCCCUAAGUUCUGCACCCUCAGCCCUUGAUUGAUGUAUUACAUAGUCACAUCUGAGUGAACUUCCAAAUGCACUAGCCCAAGCAAGACUGGGAUGAUUGGUGUUAGCUAACAGAGUUCACUAACUUGCUAUGUACAUCACAAGGCAUCCUAUUAAUGAGAUCAGAGUCUGACACAAAAAUGUAGUCUUGAUUGUUAAAUGUAAGUGGCCACCAUCAUGAACAUUUUCAUUGAAUGGUGCAUCAUGUUAACCCUGCAAUUGAGCAAAGUUGUUCACCCAUCUCCUAAAGCUAAUUUAAGAGAUGAGGGGGAAGCUUUUGUAAACUGGACCAACACUUAAUAUGUCAAUUUUAAAACUGCAUCUGGAUUUCAUGGUACUUCCCCAGAAGGACACUGUUUAGGGCAAGUGCUUAGGGAAUAUCUACUUUGUGUUUAGGGUCCAGCUACUAUCAUCUUAACCCCCAUUGGAUUAUUGGUAGGUACUUAUAGUUAAUGUUAAGUUAAUGGUGCACUCCAGUCAAAUGAUCACACUGUUGAAACUGCCAAGCUCCCCUAAAAACUCACCUGAAGGGGGUGAUCUGUAAGUGAAUUAACAUGUUAACACAUACGUUUCAAGUAUCUCUUAAUGGCCCCCAGCGUGAUGUUUUUAAUGCACGUGAUGUCGAUAUGCACUGUUCCAGAAUUUGAUUAUGACACAUUGGAUUAUUUCAUCUACAGCUGCCCAAAACACCAUGCAUAUACAGCUCUGGAAAAAAUUAAUCUCUUAAUUUUAAUCCUACCUCCCUUUUUCGACUUUCUUGGAAUGAAAGAAAAAGGUGCAGUGGUCUCCGGGGCUGUAUAUGACACAUUAGGCCUUUUCACACUGCAUUGUUCUUAGCCCCAGGCUAAGACCAGCACUGGGCUAGCUUAGUCUGUGUUUACAAAAAGUUUGAUAACCCUGGCCUAUUGUUUACCGCUAGGUUAAGGACUCACACUUGUAUUCUUAAGGCCUGGGCUAAUGGACAAAUAUAACAAAAGAAUAGUUUGCAUUUUAUGACAAGUUGUUACGUUCUCUCUAGCAUGUGACAGGUACAUCACUGACACACGAUAAACAACUUUUUGAUAACGGUUGAUCACCCUGUUGGCAUUUGCUUUGAGCACUUUGUUAAAACUCCACAAAGAGAUAAACAGCAAAGUGAAAAUAAUGAACAUAAGGCAGAGAUUUAGUCUUUCAACAUAUUUACUAGAUUUACUUUAAAAGCAAGCUGCAGUAACUACUUCGCUAAGAUAAAGACGGUAUACAGAAUCAACAAGUUUACUGAGUAAAAGGACAGGACCAAAACAGAAAUUCAGUGUAGCUAUUGGUAAUGGCGUGUGUACAGUUUUUAUGAUUGUACAAUAAACAUUCUAUGACUUUG